UAUCAGUUAUCGAAAAAGGCGUCGUCAAUAUACACUAAGUGAUACGCAAAGCAUUUUUUGGGAAAUAAGUGAAUUUUAUAAUUAUACCCCUAAAAAUGGGAACGUUAACCGAUUUCGGACAAAUAGCUUUAAAAUGGGACCCAAAAAAUUUGGAGAUUCGUACAAUGUCAGUUGAAAAAACUCUAGAACCUCUUGUACUUCAAGUUACUACUCUUGUUAAUACCAAAGGUCCAAGCAAGAAGAAAAAAGGAAAAUCAAAACGUGCCAGUGCGUUAGUUGCAGCUGUUGAAAAGGCAACAGAAAAUUUUAUUCAAAAAGGUGAACAGAUUGCUUAUGAGAACCCAGAUAUCACACAAGAAAUGUUAACCGCUGUGGAUGAAGUAAAAAAAACGGGAGAUGCGAUGAGCGUUGCAGCGAGAGAAUUUUCUGAAGAUCCAUGCAGUUCCCUAAAGCGGGGAAAUAUGGUGCGGGCAGCUAGAAAUCUGCUAUCAGCUGUUACCCGUUUGCUUAUUUUAGCUGAUAUGGUAGAUGUUCAUUUGCUACUAAAAUCGCUUCAUAUCGUCGAGGAUGACUUAAAUAAACUAAAAAAUGCAUCGAGUCAGGACGAACUUAUGGAUAAUAUGAGGCAAUUCGGUCGAAAUGCUGGAGAACUUAUAAAACAAGCAGCCAAACGGCAACAGGAACUUAAGGAUCCUCAGUUAAGGGACGACUUAGCAGCUGCUCGUGCGAUGCUUAAAAAACAUUCAACUAUGCUUUUAACUGCGUCAAAAGUGUAUGUUCGCCAUCCCGAACUAGAUCUAGCAAAAGUGAAUCGCGAUUUUAUUCUGAAACAAGUGUGUGAUGCUGUCAAUACCAUAAGCGAUGUUGCUCAAGGAAAGUCUUCCCAACCGACAGAUAUUUACAGUGGAGCAGGAGAGUUGGCUGCAGCUUUGGACGAUUUUGACGAAGGAAUUGUUAUGGAUCCGAUGACCUAUAGCGAAAAGCGUUCAAGACAAUUGCUUGAAGAACGCUUAGAGAGUAUUAUUAGUGCAGCUGCACUAAUGGCGGAUGCAGACUGUACUAGAGACGAACGACGAGAGAGAAUUGUCGCCGAAUGCAAUGCUGUAAGGCAAGCAUUACAAGAUUUGCUGUCUGAAUACAUGUCAAACAUGAGUCAAAAAGAUAACGGCCCCGGACUUACUAGAGCAAUUGAUCAAAUGUGUCGCAAAACUCGUGACCUGCGAAGACAAUUACGAAAAGCUGUAGUUGAUCAUGUAUCGGACUCAUUUUUGGAGACUACAACUCCAUUGCUAGAUUUAAUUGAAGCUGCCAAAACCGGCAACGAAAAAAAAGUUCGUGAAAAAGCCGAGAUUUUCACUAAGCACGCUGAAAAACUAGUUGAAGUAGCUAAUCUAGUAUGUAGCAUGUCAAGCAAUGAAGAUGGUGUUAAAAUGGUUCGAUAUGCUGCAGCCCAAAUUGAAAGUCUUUGCCCACAGGUAAUAAAUGCAGCCUCCAUUUUGACUGUACGACCCAAUUCAAAAGUAGCUCAAGAAAAUAUGACUACAUAUCGGCAAGCUUGGGAGGUGCAAGUUCGUAUUUUAACCGAAGCAGUUGAUGAUAUAACAACAAUUGAUGACUUUUUGGCAGUAUCCGAAAAUCACAUUCUUGAAGAUGUAAAUAAAUGUGUAAUGGCUUUACAAGUGGGUGAUGCCAAAGACUUGCGUGCGACUGCUGGAGCUAUUCAGGGUCGUUCAUCGCGAGUUUGUAAUGUGGUUGAAGCUGAAAUGGACAAUUAUGAGCCAUGUAUUUAUACCAAACGAGUGCUAGAAGCAGUUAAAGUUCUUCGAGAGCAAGUAAUGAUGAAAUUUGAUCAACGCGUUGGAGCAGCUGUUGGAGCCCUACUGAAUAAUUCUAACAAAGAUGUCGACGAAAAUGACUUCAUUGAUGCUUCUCGUUUGGUGUACGACGGAGUGCGGGAAAUUCGAAGAGCCGUUUUAAUGAAUCGAAGCUCGGAAGACCUGGACACUGAUACUGAAUUUGAGCCUGUUGAGGACAUGACCUUGGAAACACGUAGCCGAUCAAGCGCUCAUACUGGCGAUCUAACGGUUGACGAAUAUCCGGAUAUUAGUGGCAUAUGUACAGCUAGGGAAGCCAUGCGAAAAAUGACCGAAGAAGAUAAACAAAAAAUUGCUCAGCAGGUUGAGUUGUUCCGUAGGGAGAAACUUACGUUUGACUCGGAAGUUGCCAAAUGGGAUGAUACUGGAAACGACAUAAUUUUUCUUGCUAAACAUAUGUGUAUGAUUAUGAUGGAAAUGACUGACUUUACCAGAGGACGCGGACCUUUAAAAACUACUAUGGAUGUUAUUAACGCAGCUAAAAAAAUUUCAGAAGCUGGUACAAAACUGGAUAAGCUGACCAGGGAAAUAGCAGAACAAUGCCCAGAAAGCAGCACUAAAAAGGACCUAUUAGCGUAUUUGCAACGUAUUGCCCUGUAUUGUCAUCAAAUUCAAAUAACUUCAAAAGUAAAAGCUGAUGUUCAAAACAUAAGUGGUGAACUUAUAGUUUCUGGGCUCGAUAGCGCAACAUCGUUGAUUCAAGCUGCUAAAAAUCUUAUGAAUGCUGUUGUUCUAACAGUAAAAUACUCAUAUGUGGCAUCGACAAAAUAUACUAGGCAAGGGACAGUAUCUUCUCCAAUUGUAGUGUGGAAAAUGAAAGCCCCGGAGAAGAAACCUUUGGUCAGACCGGAAAAACCAGAAGAAGUUCGAGCAAAAGUUCGUAAGGGUUCUCAAAAAAAGGUGCAGAACCCUAUACAUGCAUUGUCUGAAUUCCAAAGUCCCGCUGACGCUGUUUAAUUUUUUUUGUUUAUAUAAAUCUAAAUAUUACGGUAAAAGCAGUAAUAUAGAAAUUAUAGCUCAAAAUUGUUCUUAAUUUUGGGUUUUUAAAGCAUAUAUUUAUCCCAUUAUCCAUUAAUCAAAACAUUCUUAAAUUAAACUAAUUGGCAUUAUAAAAAUGUAAUACAAAAUAUAAUCAUUCUUAUAUUUCAAAAAUUGCUUAUGUGUAUUUUUAAAAGAAACAAAAUACGUUUUGUUGAUAUAUUGUAAGCAGAGCUCGCAAAUUACAGUUGACCGUUUUUUGAAGUCCAAAAUAAUACAGUUCAUAUCACAAUUAUAAGACAUCUGCAAAAUGCUUAUUGAAAUCCUGAAAAAUUGUUGAUUCCUUAAACUAGAGGCUUAACAAAAAUUUAUGAUGAAAGUGAAUGCAGUCCUUGUCGAUAACAUACCAUUACCCUUUAUUUUUGGCCUAGCUUUGAAGGGAAUCGUUACAUUUCCAACCAAGAUAACGAAAUUAUCCCAGUUUCUGCCUUAACACAAUUAUAAGACACAUUGCAAAAACUGGAGUUGCCGUAACCGUGUCAAUUUUUUUUCUUAAAAUUGAGUUGUUAUUAAAAUUUUAUACUUUUUGCAUAAAAUGCCACGCUCUAGGCUUUUGACAGACCAAGAAAAGGGUCAAUUCUGGCCUAUUCUCGGCUCGGCUUGAAUGUGAGCCAAAUUUCUAGAAAUAUUGGUAGAAGUCGAACCGUUACAACAAAUUUUCUCUAGAAUCCAGACAAUUAUGGUAAAAAACAAAAUACUGGUCGAAAAGCAAUACUUUCUGACUGCUAAAAAAAUAAAUUUAAUCUCAAUGGGCCAGAUGGAUUUAAAAAUUUUUGGCGAGAUUUGAGGAAGGAGCCCCUUAAUUUUUGGUUUGGGGCGCUUUUAAUAAGCUUGGAACUCUUAAUUUACAGUUCACAAGCUCCAGGAUGGACAGCAGUGAAUACAUACGGGUACUAAACAAUAGCCUGCUUUCAUAUUUGUUGGAAAAUCGGGAAAAGCCGCAUAUAUUUAUGUAGGACAAUGCCCGAAUCUAUACGAGCCGUCAAACCACACAGUUUUUGCGAGAUUGUUCAGUCGAAGCUAUAGACUGGCCUGCGUGCUCCCCGGAUCCGAACCCUAUUGAAAACAUUUGGGGAGUACUAGCAAGGCGAGUUUAUAAAGAUAAUGCCAAGUAUGAGCGCGUUCUGGACCUUGAAACAGUUAUUUUGUCUGAAUGGAGCCAACUUGAGCCAAGUUUAUUUGAAAAACAUCAUAAAUUCAAUGAUAAAACGAAUUUUUGAUGUUGGUAUUUGUCAAGGUUCUGCCAUAAACUAUUAAAAUGUUGUUUUCUUAUAGGACAUAUAUAUUUAUACUUAUAGUUUCUUAUUUCCUACAUCAUAACAAAAAAAGUGUCUUAAAAUUAUGAUAAGGUUAAAAAUUAUAUUUUUUUCAUUUUUGUUAAACAAAAUGUAUAAACGGUAAAAUAAUAAACUAAAACCAACUUAAACACAUGUCUAAUUUAUCUUUUAACAAUUUCAGAAUAGUUUUCCGCCAUUGGGUUUGAUAUUAUAUAAAAUACCUAAAAAAAAACGAACUGUCUUAUAAUUUUGAUAUGAACUGUAAUAACUGUUAUUUACGGACCUAUUGCGCAAAAAGUCAAAGAACCGUUGACACUUUCCCUAACACGUAUUGGUGUGUGCUUAUCCAAAGAUUGAUGAAACAAAGUCUUUUGCAUUUGUAAGCGUUUAUGUCGGCUUAUUAAAUUAAUCAAAUUAAAUUUAAAUAAUAUGGACACCAGGAUAGACACAGAUAUUUAAGGCGUAAAUUUACAAAUAACUCAAUAAAAAACCCUCGAAAGCAGAAA